CCCAGCCAGCCCGUCUAACACUAAUGGCAGGUCAAUGGAGUCUUCUUCAUGCUGCUAGCAGCUGGACAGCUGGGUGUCUUACAUCAGCCCACUGAGCCCCGGUGAAGGCAACUGACGGACUGAGAGUGAGCGAGCGAGAGAGAGAAGGACUCGGACUGUAACAUCCAGCCGUGUCACUGGAAUAAUCUAAAACCAUCUCUGAACAAAUGGUCUGAAAGGAGAAGACAUCUUAGAAAUUGGAAGCCUGUCUCUGUGCAUGCGUUUGGGGAUGAAGCACCUGUGGGACGUUCACUUCCUCCUGCUCAUCCUCCUCUACCUGUUAGGAGCCGUCACAUCACAGGUCAACCCAGGUGUGUGUCGGUAUCCUCUGGGCAUGUCAGGAGGGAAGAUACAGGACGAGGACAUCUCUGCUUCCAGCCAGUGGUCUGAAUCCACCGCUGCUAGAUAUGGGAGGUUGGACUUUGAGGAGGGCGACGGCGCGUGGUGUCCAGAGACAACAGUGGAGCCAGACAACCUGAAGGAGUUUCUCCAGAUUGACCUGCGCUCGCUCCACUUCAUCACCCUCGUGGGCACCCAGGGGCGUCACGCGGGAGGCAUCGGUAAUGAGUUCUCCCAGAUGUACAAGAUUAAGUACAGCCGCGAUGGAAGCCGCUGGAUCUCGUGGAGAAACAGGCAGGGCAAGCAGGUGAUUGAAGGAAACAGGAACGCCUACGACAUCGUACUGAAGGACCUGGAGCCGCCCGUCGUCGCUCGCUUCGUCCGCUUCAUGCCCGUCACAGACCACUCCAUGAACGUCUGCAUGAGAGUGGAGCUCUACGGCUGUGAAUGGCUGGAUGGACUUGUGUCGUACAACGCUCCAGCAGGAGAACAGAUGAACAUGCCUGCUCACCCUGCUUAUCUCAACGACUCGGUCUAUGACGGAGCUGUCAUCCACAGUAUGACCGAGGGUUUGGGCCAGCUGACUGACGGAGUGUGUGGCCUGGAUGAUUUUACACACAGUCACGUCUACAAUGUGUGGCCCGGGUACGACUUCGUGGGCUGGACUAAUGAGAGCUUCCCCAGUGGAUAUGUCGAAAUCAUGUUUGAGUUUGACCGCAUACGCAACUUCACCACCAUGAAGGUCCACUGCAACAACAUGUACUCACUGCACGUCAAGGCCUUCCGCCAGGUGGUGUGUUACUUCCGCUCUGAGGCCGACUGGGAGGCCACGCCGCUCUCCUUCAGCCCCGUGGAGGACGAGAAGAAUCCCAGCGCCCGCUUUGUCACUGUCAACCUGGCCAAUCACAUGGCCAGCGCCAUCAAGUGCCAGUUCUACUUCGCUGACGCCUGGAUGUUGUUCAGCGAGAUCACCUUCCAGUCAGAUACAGCCAUGUACAACACAACGCUGGCUCCGCCCAAGACCGGACUGCCACCCAACAUACAACCAGAGGAUGACCCCACCCACAAAGUAGAUGACAGCAACACCCGGAUUCUGAUUGGUUGUUUAGUGGCCAUCAUCUUCAUCCUCGUGGUCAUCAUCGUCAUCAUCUUGUGGAGGCAGGUGUGGCAGAAGAUGUUGGAGAAGGCCUCUCGCCGGAUGCUGGACGAUGAACUAACUGCUAGUUUGUCAAUACAGAGUGAGACGUUCGCUUACAACCACAACCAGUCGAGCACAACCAGCGAGCAGGAGUCUAGUUCCACCUAUGAGCGCAUCUUCCCCCUCGGUCCAGACUACCAGGAGCCGUCACGCAUCAUAUGUAAGCUGCCGGAGUUCGCUCAGAGCUCUGAGGAGCCCGCGUCUACCAGCACAGCAGCUUCUAAAUCCACCACAACUGCUACAGUCCAAGAUGGCGCCCCUCACUACGCAGAGGCAGACGUCGUAAACCUGCAAGGCGUGACCGGAAGCAACACGUACGCCAUCCCUGCACUAACCAUGGACCUGCUGUCAGGGAAGGACGUCGCAGUGGAGGAGUUCCCACGAAAGAUGCUCACAUUCAAAGAGAAGCUGGGAGAAGGACAGUUCGGAGAGGUGCACCUGUGUGAAGCAGAGGGAAUGCAGGAGUUCAUGAAUAAAGAGUUUUUAUUUGACAUCCCCGAGGACCAGCCAGUUUUAGUGGCGGUGAAGAUGCUCCGUUCAGACGCCAACAAAAAUGCAAGGAAUGACUUCCUGAAAGAGAUAAAGAUCAUGUCACGUUUGAAGGACCCCAACAUCAUUCGCCUGCUCGCUGUGUGCAUCUACAGCGACCCUCUCUGUAUGAUCACAGAGUACAUGGAGAACGGAGAUCUCAACCAGUUUCUGUCCCGCCACGAACCCGAGGGACAACUCGCUCUGCUCAGCAACGCACCUACUGUCAGCUUCAACAAUCUGUGCUACAUGGCAGCUCAGAUAGCGUCGGGGAUGAAGUACCUCUCCUCUCUAAACUUUGUCCAUCGAGACUUGGCCACACGGAAUUGCCUGGUGGGCAAAAACUACACAAUAAAGAUAGCUGACUUCGGCAUGAGCAGAAACCUGUACAGCGGUGACUACUACCGCAUCCAGGGCAGAGCGGUGCUGCCGAUACGCUGGAUGUCGUGGGAGAGCAUCCUGCUGGGUAAGUUCACCACAGCCAGCGAUGUGUGGGCCUUUGGGGUGACGCUGUGGGAGAUACUAAACUUCUGCAAGGAACAACCCUACUCUCAGCUCACUGAUGAGCAGGUGAUAGAAAACACAGGGGAGUUUUUCAGGGACCAGAAAAGACAGAUCUACCUGCCUCAGCCUGUGCUGUGUCCAGACUCGCUCUACAAGAUCAUGCUGAGCUGCUGGAGGAGGAACACAAAGGAACGGCCCUCCUUCCAGGAAAUACACCGAGCCCUCCUGGAAAUGCAGCCUUAAAAAGCAGGGGGCAAUGUUUAAGACAGUGAUUCCCAGACUGCUCAUCUCUGGAGGAAAUAGUGCACGACAAGAGUAGACCAUGAUUCAGACACAAUCCAGGUUGUUUCAGUAGAGAAACAAGGCCUGUGGGAAACACUGCUUCAUGGACUUAAACUCUGCAAAAGAUGGACUACCAGAGACUUUUGGUGCGUGUCAGUUUGAGUUUAAUUGGCUCAAUCGAGAUGUUUUAUAGACGUACAGGUAUUCUUAGAAAAAUCUCUUUUGUUUUAUA